AUGGCAAGCGACCAAUUUGUAAACUUAGGAAGGGCUUUAUCUACUACUGCGUCUGUUGUUUUGGGCUCCCAAUCUGUGGAGGAUACAAUACUGUCCUACAGCAGCCCCUAUAAGAAGAUGCUUCAUGAUUCGAUAACCAAUUCUGGUGGCAAAACGAGCCUUAUGAAGGCGAGUAAUUGGAGGAAUCGUUUUUCACUAUUUUCAUCUAAAAAUGGUGCAUUUCAAGAUCUUUUUCAUGCUACUUCGGGUAAGAGCUAUUUUAAAAAUGGUUUUGGAAAUUCUAGGACAAGCUUCCAGGUAUUGAGUUACCUCAGUGAUGAAUUAUUGGCUGACGUACCUAACAGCCAUUCAAGCUCGACAGGACAGUAUAAAGCAUUGACAGAAAAUGGAGAGAGACCUAAAAAGAAGAAACAUUCCAAAACACAGAAGAAUGAUGUUUCGCUCUUUCAAGGGUUUGAGGCUUCAUUGCCGGUGAUUGAUCAGACUAUCAGUUCUCAUCAGAAACGUAUUGGCAAUAAGGACAUUAAAUCCAUUAGGGAAGCAGGGACAGAGAAUAUGCCUGAUGCUUUGGAAGAAGAGGAAGACCAACUUGAAUUCAGAUUACCAGAAGGUGUCAGUCUAGAUACAAUAAACAAUACCUACUCCAUCAAGGCAUUAUCUAAUUCUAUAAAGCUCAUUACUGAUAACCUGGACCUCUUGGAAAUCCAAAAGAAUUUGGCUGCUAGUGAGAUUAAAGAGUUAGAUAUGAAAAUGGAGAAAAUAAAGGCCAUCCGCGAUUUAGUAUUUAAGAGAAUAGCAACGGUUGAACAGAAUGAGUUAUUUUUGGAAAAGCAUCUCCUGACUAUUAAGGAUAGAAUUGAUAUGAUAGAAGACUAUGAUUUGGAUAAUGAUGAUGGGAAUGAUCAUGUAGUAACUUCUCCAAAUGGACCAAAUUCUCCUUCAAAAAAGAAUCAGAUUGAUGGUGCAUCUCCAAUUGAUUCCAAUAGCCAGGAAGAGCCUCGCUCACCCUCUACUAAGAGUACCAUGAAUCAAAGUCAGCUUAAGUAUAUGCACAUUAACCAUGAGAAAAAGAUGAAGCAGCACGAACUCAGUCGGUCAAGAAAGACGCAUCCUACUCUGCAACAAUAUUAUGAACCAGGUGCCAAUAUUACAUCGUUCUCUUCUGCACAUGAUGAUAAAGUGACAUGUUUGGACUUUAAUAUGCCAUUUGGAACUUUAUGUUCAGCAGGGAAGAUGGAUCCCACGAUCAAGGUGUGGGAUUUGAGUAAAAAUAGUCGUAUUGCCUCCAUUUCCGGCCAUUUAGCCACAAUUAGUUGCAUGCAAAUGGAUGAAUACAACACGCUGAUUACUGGUGGACGUGAUGCUUUACUUAAGAUGUGGGACAUACAGAAGGCUGUAGAAGGUAAUAUCUCCCCAGAAAAUGAUGUUUGCAUUCAUACUUUUGACUCACAUAUUGAUGAGAUCACAGCACUGAGCUUUGAUGGCAGUACAUUAGUGUCUGGUUCACAGGAUCGAACUAUUCGGCAGUGGGAUUUGAAAAACGGAAAAUGUGUUCAGACUAUUGACAUUAGCUUUGCAACUGGUGGAGGAAUGUCUAGGUCAAUGAUGGCAAGCAGUGUUUUGGAUGCAAAUGAAGCACCAAUAAUUGGAGCUUUACAGUGCUAUGAUGCUGCUCUUGCUACUGGAACUAAGGACGGUAUAGUGAGACUAUGGGACUUGAGAACAGGUCGAGUUGUUCGGACCUUGGACGGUCAUACAGAUGCGGUGACUUCUUUACAAUUUGAUUCAAUGAAUUUGAUUACUGGAUCACUUGAUAAUAGUAUUCGUAUUUGGGACUUAAGAACUGGUACAUUGGCGGAUGCAUUUGCAUAUGAGCAUCCUGUGACCUGCUUGCAGUUCGACUUACAAAAGAUAGUUGCAGCAAACCAAGAAGGUACAGUAAAGGUGUAUGAUAGGCAACACAAAAAACACUGGUUUUGUGGUGGUGAUGAGAAAACCGAAAAUGUGGUGGAGUUUGUCAGAUACAAAGAUGGAUAUUUGGUGGAAGGUCGGGGUAAUGGUGAUAUCAAUGCAUGGGCAAUAUAA